AAGCCUAAAAUUAAAAUUAAAUUUAAUAUUAAAGUUUAAAUUUUAAUUAUAACUAUGGUAUUAAGGCCGAUAAUAAGCAAACUUGAAAAAUAAGAAUAGUUAGAAAGUCAAAUGAUCCACGGUCUCGAGACAAUAACUUUGGAAGUAGGAAUGUUCACUCCGUCGCGCGUCCGGCUCAGGGUGACGGCGAUGCGGCUGCGCCCCACCCGUUCGACGAAAUGCCGCGCGCUGCUGCCCUGCUCCGUCUCCUCCGCCUCGGGUUCACCGCCGACGCCCGCGGCCGCCGCGCCUGCGCGGGGAUCCACCCGCUCGCCGUCAAGUCCGGGAGCGGCUCCGACGCCCGCGUGGCCACCGCGCUCGCCGACGCCUACGCGAAGUCCGGGAGCGCCUCCUGCGCCCGCCGGGUGUUCGACGAAACGUCGCUCAAGGACCAGGUGCUCUGGAACGUCAUCAUCUCCUGCUACUCCUCGCACGGCCUUGUGCGCGAGUCGUGGGAUCUCUUUGGCUCCAUGAGGUGCGCUGGUCUUUGCGGCGACGGCUUUACCUUCAGCGCCUUGGUUAGUGUACGCGCUUCUUCUUCUUCUUCUUCGUGCUAUGGUCAUGCCAACCUGUUGCUUCUCAUGGGA